AACAAAGCGGAGUCGCUGCAUCCCCGGAUCAGUUGCAAUCAGACCAUGGCCUCGUUCGGAGUUCGAGGAAUGGGCCAGCCGCUGGGCAUCCGGAUCUGCUGCUGUCGCGUCUGCACCUGCAUCAACUUCGGGUUCGUUCUGUCGCGGAUUGGCCUCCUCAAGCUGAUGCAACUGGGCCUGGCCAUGCUCUGCGAGGGACUGCUCAUCCGGUACGGCGUCCCAUACGCCGAUUCCAUUGGCCAGGCGCUAACCAGCUUCCUGGCCACCACCGGCCACUGCUUCACCACCACCGGCAUCCUGCUCCUGUGCUACGCCUUCUCUGACAAAUCCUACAGCCUCAUCCGGCAGUCACUAUUCGAGACCUUGUUCAAUGGCCUCGCCAGCUGCAUGUACUUCAGCUCAUCGAGUUACAUGGGGUUCGCCUGCGUGGUGUGGCUGCAUCCGCAGUUCCUGGUGCGACCCGGAUUCUGGGCAUAUCCGGCUAUGACCGCCUGCUACUACAUGGGCUAUGCAGCGGGAAUUUUGCAUGCUCUGGAUGCCUACUUGGCGUUCCGGCACUUUCGAGGGGCACGCUAAUCCCGGCCAGACAAAAGCAGUAUCUUAAGUAAUUUGUGGACAUUUUUAUAUGAGUUUUAGGUUUAAGGCACCUCACUUCCAUUGGUCUCGAACUUUCACGGCAAAAGCGCUUAGUCGUAUGUUUAUAAAUAAUAAUAUUUAAAAUG